AUGAAUGAUAAUGGAAUUUUCCCAGGGUUACCGGUAUCGCAACGGGUUCGAGUUUUUCGUUGCUAUCUCUGGCUUUUCGCAUACCUUCCGCUUGCGUCAACUCUGACAAUAGGCCGUGCUGCAUUCCCGAAGCUAGGCCGAACAAUGUGUAGCGCUAGCCUUUCCUUGAAGAAUUUGGCUCCCAGUCCGCAUAUACCUACGCCAUGUGCGCCUCCCUUGAGAAUGACAGCUCGGCUGUUGACCCACGGUCUUCACGCCGGUCUGCUGCCAACAGCAUCGAUCGCGGGAGCCUUGUGGCUUUUGCCUGUGGUAGAGGCAGCAGGUGGCCUGUCCUGCGGGAUGUGA